AUGUCGGCUACCGACAAUUUUGUACAGGCAAAGGCGCGCUCGAAUUCUCCAGUCGAAAAGCAAGUCGAUGCCCCCUCAGAGAACAAAAAUGGUGUACCGCCAAGCGGGCCGGCAAACAGCACUCCUACGACUAGCGUGGAGGUAUCGCCUGCUCCCGAGACUGCGCUCCCCCUCGAAACGCCUCAGUCGCAGCCUAUGACCGCUACCGCGUCUUCGUCCUCACAAAACCCUCCCCAAGAAAAUGGUGGCGCUUCUGCUGCUGGUUCAUAUGGGACUCGAUCACGACAUCGUACAGGUACACGUCCUAACUAUGCCGAAGACAAAGAUUUGGACGUAGAAUUGGAUGCGUCGCCCAAAGUCAGUCGUGCGAGCAAGAGAUCAUCUGCAGCGAACGAGCAACACACCACGGCCACGUCGUCAGGCUUUGCAGCCAUCAACCACUCCGCGAGCGAGAAUCCCUCCGACAAUGUGCCAACGGGUGGUACGUCGACUCCUGUCCCCUCUGCGACCCCUGCGUCUUCAAAGAAGAGGAAGCACCCUGGUAGCAGUCACCCUGUUGCCUCCACACAUCACACCAUGCCUGCCAACGCGCGCUCUAGACAUGCCGUUUCGGUACCCUUGAAGGGCUUCGUCGAGACGAACAUGAUGAGCUUCAACAAGUGCGGCCGCAAGCUGAAUGCGAAGAAGCAAUUGGUGUCUGAUGACGGGUCCACGGUGCAAGCAAAUGAUCACGUCUAUAUGGUCUGCGAACCACCCGGCGAGCCCUACUACCUUGCGCGCAUCAUGGAAUUCUUGCAUGCGAAGAACGAUCCCGAAGGUCCCGUCGACGCGUUACGAGUGAAUUGGUAUUACAGACCGAAAGACAUCCAACGCCGCGUGCAAGAUACUCGCGUUGUGUUCGCCUCGAUGCAUUCAGAUACGUGUCCACUCAACUCCAUACGCGGAAAAUGUAAUAUUCAGCAUCUGUCCGCUAUCUCGAAUAUGGAUGAUUACCGCAGUCAGCAGGAUUCCUUUUGGUUUGACAAACUAUUUGACCGGUACAUGCUCCGUUAUUACGAGGUCAUUCCAACUACAAGAGUCGUCAACGUUCCUCAGCACGUUAAAGCAGUCCUCGACGAGCGAUGGAAAUUUGUUCUUGUCGAGAUAGGACGAGGUCGUGAAUUGACCAGCGAGAGUAAGAAGUGUACAAGAUGCGAGCAAUUCGCCAGCAACCAUGACUCGGUCGACUGUGCAGUCUGCAAAAGAACAUACCACAUGCAGUGCGUCAGACCUCCACUGUUGAAAAAGCCUGCUCGGGGGUUUGCUUGGGCUUGUGCUGCAUGCAGUCGGGCGCAAGAGAUGAAGAUGGAUGCUCGACAUACACCUGCAGGCUCGGAGGCUGCGCACGGUGAUGACGACGAUUUCAUGGACGAGGAUGACGACGAGCCCGCGAACAAGGCUCAAGAGACUCGUGAGAGCAGCGUCGCACACGAGUCGCAUCCACAACCAACUCCGGCGCAAAUCGCUCAGGCAAAUCUGUGGCCAUGGCGGUAUCUUGGAGUCCAUUCGCGUCCCGAGGAUGCAUUGGACUAUGAUGACCGGAUAUAUCCCCGUGCGAGUUCUCGGUUGGGUCCUCGUCAUCAAGCCAACAUCAAUGUCUGGCAUGGUCGGCCUGUCGAAAUGGUGAAGCCAGCGGAAAUCAAGAAGAAAUACAAGAACACCGACCGGAAAAGUGGCAAGUCAUCCAAAGAUGUGGCAGCCGAUAUCGAUAAAGAUCUGCGGCUUAAGCGUCCAAAAUGGGUGGUCGAUGAACCAGUAGGGUAUAUUGCUCGUGGCCAUGAUGAAGCCAUCGAAAUCAAGGGCAAGAAGGAACACACUGCGCAACUCAUCUUCAAAAUGCCAGAUCAACUCGAAAUGUCGGAAAGAGGGACUGACGACGUAGUACGACCACCAAACGCCGAAGAGCUUGUGGACGAGUUCAUGAAGAGGGUCAAACCUAUUGCAGCGCAGUACAACUUGUUGGACUCCUCGGUCGACUUCCUGACAAAAGCGGUAGAAAAGUUGGAGGAAAACGACUUCAACAUUGACAAAGCUCUGGACGCGAUGAAGGGAUUGUCGUUGAGGGCAGAUUUGAAACAACCAGACUUGAACCGAGAAGAGAUCAAACGCUUCGAAGAGGGUGUUUCAAAAUAUGGAAGUGAGCUACAUGCAGUUUCUCGUCAUGUUGGAUCAAGUGUCAAAGAAUCCCGAAUUGUGCGUUAUUACUACAUGUGGAAGAAAACUGACAAAGGCCGACAAAUCUGGGGCAACUUCGAGGGAAGGCGCUCGAAGAAGGAAUCAAAGCGCGUUGACAAAGAUGGCAACGUUAUCAAAACACUCGAUGACGUUGCAGACGAUCAAGACGAUUCUGCUUUUGACGAGGAGAAAGCGGCUCAGAAAAAACGUGGAUUUGUGUGCAAGUUCUGUGCCACACACCACUCGAGACAAUGGCGACGCGCACCAGCCACGCCUCCUGGCACGCUCGUACCCAAAGAUCCCAGCGCGAAGAAUAGCAAAGAUAAAAGCGGUUGGCUUACUCUGGCAUUGUGUGGAAGAUGUGCAUACCUGUGGCGCAAAUAUGCCGUACAGUAUGAGGACAUUGAGGAGGUUUCCAAGAAGAUCGCGUCAUCGGGCAGCCGUGCUGCGAAGCGAAAGGUCGAUGAGGAAUUACUGCGCCUCAUUCUCGAAGCGCACCAAAUGUCGGGAGAUCCAAUACCUCCACGAGCGGUGGAUGAGGUCAACAAAGCUGGUCUCGAAGUGCCUCAUAAUAUCAUUCAGCCCGACGAGCCUCCAAAGAAGAAAGGCAAAACAGACAAAGACGGUGCGCACGGGACACCGGACGUUGUGCCAGAGAAAAAGAAAGCACCCGAAAAGCCCCAGGAACCUCCCCCAAUCGAGCCAGAUCCACCCAAGGUCAAGAUUCAUCCCUGCGCAGUCUGUCGUGUUAUCGACGUUCCUGGGCAGGAGCUACUCAAAUGUCGUGAUUGCAGACUACACGUACAUGGCUCUUGCUAUGGCGUUGGCCCCAACAAUAACACCAAGCCUUGGUUUUGUGACAUGUGCCGGAACGAUCACAACCUUCAGGUCUCAACCACCUACGAAUGCGUCCUCUGCCCUAUCAAAUACACGGCCCAAGAGCUCAUGGAACCGCUCAGGCCUACUCACAAGAAGAAGACGGAGCGAGAUCGCGAAAAAGAGCGAAUCGAGCGCGAAAUCAUCCAGGAGGCGAGCCGUCGAUGGAGAAUGGAGCAAGAAGCCGCUGGUCGUCCGGUCAAUCCCCGAGAAGCACUCAAGAGGACCGCAUGGAACAACUGGAUGCAUAUCACAUGUGCGCUAUGGACGAAGGAGAUCAAAUUUGGCAACGCCGAAUUAUUGGACGAUGCUGAGGGUGUUGGCUUUAUUCCGGCUGAGCGGUUUGAGCCACCUUGCAAGAUCUGCAAGCAAGCAGGAUACCCGACCGUAAAGUGCCAGCAGUCAAACUGCAACAGCUUUUUCCAUAUCGGCUGUGCUCAUCAGUCAGAGUACGUCUUCGGCUUUGAUGUGGCUCCAGUAAAGAGCAGCCGACGAGAUUCAACGAUCGUUAUGAAACUCGACUCAGAAGCCGGCAUCGUCACCGCAGGUAUCUGGUGUCCCACUCAUCUCCCGACGACGUUCGUUCACAACAUCCUGGAACCGACAGAGGCAGGCUUGACUGCCAUGCAAUUGUUUGCUCGAACCUAUAAGCAAGUUGACAAUUCUGUCACUGGGACAGUCCGCCGGGCAGCCCAGUUCACAGCCAACUUACCGACUACAGCAACAACAACAGCAGUCCAGCCAGCUCAGAGACGCGAUUCGCUGGUGAAUGGACUAUGCAAUGGCACAAAUGGACAAGUCGACAGGAUUACUGAUGCAAAUGCCGCUGAGUCGCCUCGCGAGCUGGAGGAUGAACCACUUGAGUCAAGGCCCGUUCAAAGCACAAGCAAGAAGACGUCUGCUCAAAAGAAGUGUUGUACUUGUCUAGUUGAUGUGAGCCCUCGCUGGUGGCCUCUGGAACGCGCAGAAAUGGCCCCAGCAGUCACGAAUGGAUUUCGCUCUGAACCAGGUGCUGAGCAUGGCGCAUUGGACGCCUCCCAAGACGUUGUGAUGACCAACGGCAUCGUCAAAGCCGAGCCUGCAGACACCAAUGCGCUUGGAAGUAUAAGCGAAAUCAAGGAUCGGGUCAUGUGGCAAUGUCAUAAAUGCCACAUCCUGAAACGAACACCACCUCCAUCGCCAUCGCAGGUCCGACCUCGUCAGCUUUCACCGGAACGUCUUCCAGAGCCUGUCGCCUACCAAUCAUCCUAUGCAGUACCCCCACCACCGGCAUUCCCUCUCAGUCGACCAUCAAUGGACACAGCAUUACCACCGCCGCACUCUCACCCACCUCCGCUUGGGGCGCCUCCUCCACAGCCUCCUUCUUGGCAGAACAAUCCUGGCGGCUGGUCAUCUUCUUCACUUAGUAGUGGACGUCGACCAUCCCCUCCACCUCUUGGGGGAGGAUAUCCGUCCGCUUACAGACAACCGCCUCACGAUGCUCCGGCAUACAACAGACCACCACAUCAUUCCUGGAGCACUGUUCCCCCUCCACCUCCACCACCACCUGCUGCCGGACAUUUGGCUCAGCAUUCUCCACCACCCGCGCCAUACGGGUCCGCAACUCAUCACCACCCUGCUCCCGUGCCAACAGCGCCACCGGCAAACCGUGGGCUUUCCCCGCCGCGGUAUGAUCGAGUACCGAUGCCUUCACCACAUCUGGGUUUGCAGCAGUCGAUCCUGUCUCGAUCUUUUGCACCUGAACCGCCUCGUCAACCAAGCCUAGGCUCGCCCGUCAAUGGCUACGCAGCACCACAUUCGACAGCACCAAGACUUUUCAGUCAAGCGCCUCCACCUCCUCCACCGCCAUCCUCGCUAGCAAGACAUUCGCCCUCGACCCAAUCAUUAGCUCACAUUGCUCAAGCCGCUGCUGACCAAGGUGGACUGACGCACUCGAGGCAGGCUAGUGUAGAUGGUACGCCGAGAUUCGGAGCCAGAGCGAUACCAGAGAGUCCUCAGCAAAGACCGAUCACUCCUGCAGGACCGCCAGCGUUAAAGGAAGAGAGGAAGGAGGGACCUGGUGCAAGUGCUAGUCCCAGCCUGAGGAAUUUGUUGAGCUAG